AUGCUUGCUCGAUUUGAGGAGAGCAAACAGGACGACCUUGCUCGAUUCGAACGAAGGACUCUACAAGUUGAGAAAGAACUUACUGAUCUUCAGUGGCGAGAGCUCGCAAACGAGGUUGCUCGUGCUCUCAAAGGGCUCUACGGCCUUGAUUUGGCCGAGAUGUUCUGGAAGAACCGCCAGCCAUGCUGA